AUGAAAAACAACAACGAGCCGGCCCCAUUUCCCUGCUCAUCUGCCCAAAACUCGUCCAUAUACGAUGUCGCGCGAUGGUACGCUGCCCGCGGAUUCCAUCCCAUGCGGAUUGGAUUCCUUGAGGAGUUCCACUGUCGACACCGCAACUACAUCCUCGGAUGGGUUCUCGAAGAUGUGACCCCAUUCGAGGGACACUUCCCGGCGGACCUUUGUGAUGGAUGCGCUCGGCCGGUACUCUCGACCCACGAGUUGUUAUCACUCGUUGACGAGGACAUGGCGAUGCAGCUGCCAGACCCCGAACCACCCACACCCGGUGCUGGCAACGCCCCUGCUGGCAGCAGUCAGCUGGGCCCCAACCCCAGAGCGACCCCCGAGGCUGGUGACCCUGACCACGACAUGGGCGACCACUAG